AUGGAACCGCUAUAUGCCUCCAGCUGCCACGGCCAGUUCGAUGUCAUAUCUUGCAGGUUGUUAGUCAGAUCCGGCACCUUCGGGCCGACACUGCUGGUCUGGUUGACAGUCUUCUGUGCGCUUCUCACUCAAUUCGUUUUCACAUCCCCACUACUCCGCAGCAUCUACGGAACCAAGUUUGCGGCCCUCACCCCGGCGGAGCAGCGCCGCGUAGGCCUCCUGCACGUGGGGAUCGUGAUGAAAGUGUGGGGCUUCGUUUUCAUAGCGGUUCCCAGCUAUCGAAUCAUCGUCCAGGGGCAGUAUUGGGAUGAACGGGGCUUGGUGCCGGGAAUGACGCUGGCCGAUAUGGCCACCACCUCUGUCAUGGCCUUCGGAGCGCUCGGCCUCUUCGAUCUGAUAUACAGCGAGAGUCUGCGACCGAUCUAUUUGCUGCAUCAUCUGGGGACUCUCGUCUUUCUCCACGGCUACCUGUAUAUGGUCAUGAGCCUUCCCGCGGCCCCAGAGAAGACUGCCGAGGGUCUGGAGCGGCUGGUGCUUCUCGUACAGAUCUGUUUAACCUGGGGCAGCAUCAUCUCCCGUCUCACCUACCUCAUCCGUCAGCUGGGCCCUUCGUCCUGGUCUCGCCAUUUGCACCGAGUGUUCCUCACCGGACUCGCCAUCUUCAGCUUCCUCUCCACCCUCGAAGUGGUCGUGAUUGCGUUUCUCAUAUUCACUAACCGCGACCGGCUGUCGAGCGCGGCACCCGCCGUGGUGAGCCUCUUUCAGGUCGUCUUCACCGCGACGAAGAUCAAGACUGCGCAAAGAAUUCUAAGCGUGUAUCGGCGCCAGGCGCAGGAGGUUGUGGCCGCCGAUGACAAGCACAGAGCUGCUGCUUCUGCUGAUGUUGCUGCCGCUGCAAUCGCCAACCUCGCAUCUGACUACUGUGGCAGCAAGGGGAUGGAGAAGAGCAGGGAAUUUUCUGUCUUGCGCGCCGGGGCGAUGAAGCUCAAGUAA